UCUUGCCCUAAAUGUGUUCGCUGACCUUACUGUAGAAGAGUACCGCGCUACAUAUUUGAGAACCUUAACACCCCGAAAAUGGAAAAAGAUGGAAUAUGAUAGGUUCGUGUUUAAUGAUACCGUUGACGCAGCGCCAGAUUCAAUAGAUUGGAGAGAUAUGAGUGCUAUUAAUCCAAUCAGAAACCAAGGCGGUUGUUAUAGUUGUUGGGCUUUUGCAGUUCUAACAACAGUAGAAGCCAUAAAUCAAAUAGUCACAGGAGAUUUGGCAUCUUUAUCUGAGCAACAGCUAGUAGAUUGCUUCAAUAAAGGUUGCCAAGCAAGUUAUAUGGAUGAUGCUUAUCAAUACAUCAUAGAUAAUGGCGGGAUUGACACUGAGGAAGAUUACCCUUACAACGCUAUUUAUAGUGGCUACUGUGAUAAAUUCAAGCAAAAUACAAAAGUUGUAUCAAUUGACGGAUAUCGGAUGGCUCGUCGUAAUAAUGAGAAUGCCCUAAAAUUGGCCGUUGCUGACCAACCUGUUGCUGCUGCUGUGGAGGGCUAUGGACAACAUUUUCAAUUAUAUGGAAAUGGAAUAUUUACAAAGUAUUGUGGGACAAAAGUUGAUCAUGCUGUGGCUGUUAUAGGCUAUGAUAGUGAGGGUGGUAAAGAUUAUUGGAUCAUCCGAAAUUCAUGGGGAGAUGGAUGGGGGGAAUUUGGAUAUAUGAAGCUUGAACGUAACAUUCAAUCACGAAGUGGCAAGUGCGGCAUUGCUUCAUGGCCGUAUUACCCAAUAAAAUACAAUAAUAAGAAGGGCAAUUCACUUGAAGGGAAGGCACCAGUGGCAAGGCAAGAAAAUCAAGUGAAAUAUGACAGUGUGAGGCCUGUGGGCUGUGAAAACGUCAAAUAAAGCAAUGAGAGGCUUACUAAUGUUUAGAUGUUGUGCACUUGUGUAGUUGAAUGAAAAGAUUAGAACUAUUUUUAUUACCUUAUGUAAAUCAUGUCAGUCAGUUUUCUUAUGUUUUUUCAAGAAAAAAAAG